AUGUCGGAUUCGGAGAAAAGCCCCAUUACGCCUCCCCCGCCGGCCGUCGUCAAGAUGGAGGCAAACCAUUCCCCGCAUCUGAGCGAGGUCACCCUCUUCUCCGAUGGUGAGAGCCAUCUCACCAAGGUCGAGGGGGACAACUAUUUCGUCACGGACAAGAAAUCCUCGGAUCUCAUGUCCCAAGAAAAAAUCGACCUUGAGGCGCAGACCGUUAAUGCGCAGCCCAAACGGUUUGCGUACAUGCGGUACGCCAUCUGGACGAUAUACCGCCGCCUUUUCUCCGUGGUCUUCUUCGCGAACAUUGGCCUGUUCGUGUGGAUCAUGGUAACGAACCAGAAACUACUCGCGCUGGUGAACGCCACCGCGGCCAACCUACUAGCCUGCGGACUGGCCCGGCAGCCUCUCGUUGUCAACAGCAUCUUCCGUGUGGUGCUAUCGAUUCCCAGGUCGGCUCCAUAUGCCCUGCGACGGGUGGCCUCGAAGGUGUACCAUUAUGGCGGCGUGCAUAGUGGCUGCGGCGUGGCCGCACUGGUGUGGUACAUUGGCUUUGUCGGCCUGAUGUCGCAUCAGUAUUGGUCUUCCAGUGAUGCAACGGCCGUCAGCUUUUCUGCCGCACCCGUCACGCUGGCUUACCUCAUCCUCGUGUUGCUGGUGUCGAUCGUCGUCGUCGCGCAUCCCACGUUCCGCAUGAAGCGCCAUGACUAUUUUGAGCUCACCCACCGCUUCUCUGCCUGGCUCAUUGUGGCCCUGUUUGUCGCGCUGCUGUUGGUCUUCGCGCAUGAGCUCAGUCAGGCCCAACACUCCUCAUUUGGGCUCUUCCUCGUCCAGCUGCCGGCCUUCUGGUUCUUGGUCGUCACUGUGAUCGCCAUCCUGCAGCCAUGGGUCAUGCUGCGGAAAGUCCCGGUGCGGCCCGAGCGCCUGUCAAACCAUGCCAUCCGCCUCCACUUCGACCAUGCAGUCACCACAUUUGGCAAAGGCACUCAGCUCGCCAAGCAUCCCCUGCGCGACUGGCAUGGCUUUGCUACCUUCCCUGACCCCGAACCCAUGGGUCCCCGGGGCACCGACACCCCGAGUUUCUCCUGCCUGGUGUCCAAGGCUGGCGACUGGACGGCGGACACGAUCAACAACCCACCCACUCAUCUCUGGAAGCGGGGAGUGCUGCUGUACGGCUUCGCAUACUCGAUGCGCGUCUUCAAGCGGGUGAUCGUUGUGACCACUGGCUCCGGCAUUGGUCCCUGCCUGUCCUUCCUGGGCGAUGACAACCGGCCCGACCUGCGCGUUCUCUGGCAGACCCGUGCGCCGCUCAAGACGUACGGCCAGGAGGUGCUGAACCUAGUGCACAAGAUGGACGCGGACCCAAUCAUCAUGGACACUGACGUGACGGGCCGAGUCGACAUGGUUCCUCUCGUGCAGCGCCUGAUCCCCGAGUUCGAAGCCGAAGCGGUGUGCGUGAUCAGUAACCCAGUACUGACCACCCGCAUCGUGUAUGAACUAGAGUCGCGGGGGAUUCCUGCGUUCGGUCCGAUUUUCGAUUCUUAA